ACGAGUCCCGCGCUCCCCGAUCAUUCGUAGGCUCCAGCGGCGUCAGGCCUCGGAACAGCUGUAAAAGCUGUUGGCCCUGGUGGUCGGGUUGUUCUUCCCUUUCUUCCUUGCCACUUUUAGUUGGUCCCCAAGAUUUGGGCGUCGGCAGGGACCUGAGCCGCGGCCCUAGAAUGGGAAACAGUGCCCUCCGUGCUCAUGUGGAAACCGCGCAGAAAACUGGUGUCUUUCAGCUUAAGGACCGUGGGCUGACCGAGUUCCCCUCAGAGUUGCAGAAGCUGACCAGCAAUCUAAGGACCAUCGACUUGUCCAACAACAAGAUCGAGAGCCUACCGCCUAUGAUUAUAGGAAAGUUCACUCUGCUGAAGAGCCUCUCCUUGAACAACAACAAACUGACUAUUCUUCCUGAGGAGUUAUGCAAUCUGAAAAAACUAGAGAUGCUAAGCCUAAACAACAAUCACUUGAGAGAACUACCGUCUACCUUUGGGCAACUGGCAGCCCUCAAGACCCUGAGCCUCUCUGGGAACCAGCUACGAGCACUACCACCACAGCUCUGUAGCCUACGGCACUUGGAUGUGGUGGAUCUCUCCAAGAACCAGAUUCGGAGCAUACCUGACAUAGUGGGGGAGCUGCAGGUCAUCGAACUCAAUCUCAACCAGAACCAGAUAUCUCAGAUCUCAGUAAAGAUAUCUUGCUGUCCUCGCCUUAAAGUUCUUCGCCUGGAAGAGAACUGUCUUGAGCUCAGCAUGCUGCCACAGAGCAUUCUCAGUGAUUCCCAGAUCUGUCUGCUUGCUGUGGAAGGCAACCUUUUUGAAAUAAAGAAACUUCGAGAACUGGAAGGAUAUGAUAAGUACAUGGAGAGGUUCACAGCCACUAAGAAGAAGUUUGCAUGAUGUUCUCCAGGAGCACGGGAACCUCACAGGACACUGACAUGGAAUCUCUUGCAAUCUGGCUGAAUCAAAGGCUCCUUUUGUUGUCAAGGAUUAUCUGCAGCAAGGAGAUGAUACUCCCGCAGAUAUUUCAAUGAUCUUUUCCCUUUCCAGGGCUCGUCUUAAGCAAGCUAAAAAAUCAAGGGACAGUAAGAGUCCUCCAUUUUGAGUCAUGGAUAAGGGUAAAGGACAGUGUUGACCAUCAAAACCAUCAUUAGUCUGGCUUUAAGAAAAACAAUAGCUCAUUUGCUAUUUAUACAAUGAAGGGAUGCUGCUUGGUCACAGAAUCACUCCGUAUCACAGCUUGAAAUUUCAUGUUUAGUUUCAGUGUAUGAACUUUCAUAAAGUCAGUUGCCAUUCCACCUGCA